CAUAAAUCAAACAGCAUUAUAUCGAUAAAGUCCUCACUUUUGACAAAAUAUAUAAUUUUUGGUUAGUCAAUGUUAAGAAAGCAUGUUUUUCAAACUAGUUUUAAGCCAUUUAAAAGUGCAUUAAGUCAAUUUCAAUUACGAAAUAUCAAAGUAACUUAAUUAGGUAAAUGGCUUGUGAAUUAAUAAAUUCAUUUUCAUUUCAGUAUUGCAUAAAAUAAACAUACCAAUUGUUGUUAUAGAUGUGUCUGUUUGUCUUUUCUAAGAUUAUGUUCAUAAAUCAAUAAUAAUUUUCUUUUUUAGGAACAGUUGUGCCUCUUGCUUCAAGAAGGGGUGCUUUUAAAACUGCUACUACCAAAGGAGGUAGAAAACAUUUGUUUAUGAAUGAUAUCAAUUUUAUGAUGGUGCUUUAGCACCUAAAGCAAUAUUAUUAGUAUGAUUGCAAACUUUAGUGUGAUCAGAGGAUAUAGCUGAUGCCUCAGUGUAAGAAAUUGGAUGAACCUCUUGUCACAAUUGAGAUUGCUGAUUCCAGCACAAUGCAGCAAGCUGUUGAUCCACUUGCUACAACCAGUACGCCUAUGGCGGAACCCGUCAAUGGCGCGCCACCUGAAGAGGCCCCGCGAAGACAAGGGCGGAUGACCAAUCAAUUACAGUUCCUUCAAAAAACUGUAAUGAAGGCUGUUUGGAAACAUAAGUUAGCAUGGCCUUUUCACCAACCUGUGGAUGCAAAAAAGCUAAAUCUUCCAGACUAUCACAAAAUCAUAAAGAAGCCUAUGGAUUUAGGUACCAUCAAAAAACGUUUAGAAUCAAACUAUUAUUAUUCAGCACAAGAAUGUAUUCAAGAUUUCAAUACAAUGUUUACAAAUUGUUACGUUUACAACAAACCAGGAGAAGAUGUGGUCAUCAUGGCCCAAACUUUAGAAAAGCUUUUUUUAAACCGGAUAGCGACAAUGGAGAAAGAAGAGAAGGAAAUAGAAUUACCGUCAAAAGGACCUAAGGGUGUGGCUAAGAAGCGAACUAUCGUCCCCGGAGGUACUCCAAGUGUGGGGACUCCUACGGCAGCGAGUGGACCUCGUGCGCCUGUUAAAUCAAUAACAGCGCCGCCACAUCCACUGUUCACUGCUAACACCACUGCUCCUACUGUCCCUACACCCGCCGCUACUCCACCAGCUACUCAUACUGGCUUACCUCAGCAGGUAACUGCUAAUUCAUUAUUUCAGCAGGUGGCGACGCAACCCUCUAGUUUUCAUGUCGCUCAACCCCCUGCGCCUCCCGUUUCCACCAUUCCUGCGGUCGCUCUAUCCCAAACUCAGCCCGCUAAGGUGAAAAAGGGUGUUAAGAGAAAAGCUGACACUACAACUCCUAUGGGUAGCUCAUUUGAAGGUGGCUAUACUACUCCAACAAUAGACCAGCAGAGUGGUCCUAAACCAGCAAAAAUUUCAACAAGGCGGGAAAGCGGUCGGCAGAAAAAGGUGAACCGAACAGGAGAGGAUGGAUUCAAGAUGGGAGGUCUUUCUCCAGGUGUAGGUGGUGCUGGUGCAUCUCACCAUUCUGUGAUGACACCUCAACUUGCCAAAAGCAAGGAAAAGUUGUCUGAUGCUUUAAAGAGUUGCAAUGAAAUAUUAAAGGAACUGUUUUCAAAGAAACAUUCUGGAUAUGCUUGGCCAUUUUAUAAACCUGUUGAUGCUGAACUGUUAGGACUUCAUGAUUAUUUUGAUAUUAUUAAGAAACCAAUGGAUCUUGGAACUGUAAAACAAAAAAUGGACAACAGGGCCUAUAAAACAGCUGCAGAAUUUGCUGCUGAUGUUCGUUUAAUAUUUACAAACUGCUAUAAAUAUAACCCUCCAGAUCAUGAUGUUGUUGCAAUGGCGAGAAAAUUACAGGAUGUUUUUGAAAUGAGAUAUGCUAAAAUCCCCGAUGAGCCCGUUCACGUCGGCAUGGCACAUAUGGAAAAAGGAAGCUCCGCGUCGAGUUCAGAAUCCGGUUCCGAAUCAGAUUCUGAGUCUGAUGAUUCCGAAGAGGAGAGAACAAACAAAGUGAAACUUUUAGAAAAAGAACUUCUCGCUCUACAAGAGAAGAUGAGAAAACUAGUUGAGGAAUCCAAUAACAAGAAAAAGGCCAAGAAGAAAAUAAAAGAUAAAUCUAAGAAGCAGAUACCCAACCCAAGCGCUCCGAAGACGAACGCCGCCGCGGCUUACGGAGCAAAAGCGAACAAUAUCGCAGAGAAUCUAGCUGCGAGCGGCGUCCGCGGUAAGACUGGUAGGUCGCGCGGCGGCGGUGGCGGUGGUGCGGGUAAAGCGGGCGCCCGCGCCGCCCCCGCCGGCAAGAAGAAGAGCUCCACGCCCACCGCCGCACCCGCGCCGCACCAACCGCCGCAUCCGGACUCUGAGGACGAGGACAUCGCGAAACCUAUGUCCUAUGAUGAGAAACGACAGCUAUCGCUCGACAUCAACAAGCUGCCCGGCGACAAACUCGGCAAGGUUGUACACAUAAUUCAGAGCAGGGAACCUUCGUUACGGGACUCUAAUCCAGAUGAAAUCGAAAUAGAUUUUGAAACAUUGAAACCCUCAACCUUAAGAGAGCUUGAAAAUUACGUUGCGUCAUGUCUACGGAAAAAGACACAUCGUAAGAUGUCAGGUAAAUCUAAAGAUGAACAAAUAGCAGAGAAAAAGCAAGAAUUAGAAAAACGGUUACAAGAUGUAUCAGGCCAGUUAGGAACAAAUAAGAAACAACAGCAAAAGAAAGAAGGGUGCAAAGACGGCCUUGGUGGAGGCAUGUCUUCUUCUUCAAGCUCAUCAGACUCCUCUAACUCUUCUUCAAGUACUGACACCAGCUCCUCUGACAGCAGUGACAGUGAAGCAGGCACGGGCUCCGGGCGAACACCUAAAAAGAAAGUCAAGAAGCAGACCCAGCAACAUCAGCCUCCGACUAAGAUAGUACCGCCGAUAGCUAUACCCGUGUCUACAGCGCCGGUAACAGGGGCACCUGUGCCCGAAGCCCCGGCGGUUGUUACGGCACCAGUGGUCGGUGCUGAUACAAAGUGUGAUUUGGCUGAGAGCGCGCCAGUGGCACCUGAUACGAAGCCGCAAGAAACUACAAUUGCUCCUCCGCCUACGCCCGUCCCUGUUCCCGUAUCUACACACACUGCCACCAUCGCUUCGGUACCAGACUCCUCGGUUACCCCUCUGUCUCGCGAAGUGGACGAACAAAAGCCUGUCAUCAAAACCGAGCCCCGAAAUGGACUCGAUAAAGUGGAUCCGUCCCACUACAUCGAUCCGAUAGAACGGUCGUUAGCUAGUUUGGAAAGGAGUUUGAACGCCGACGUCCCUAUGGACGUGAGUGUAGGCGUAUCGGAGUCGUCGAUGCGUCUAGAAGAAGAAUUCUCUUUGCCUAAGACGCCUAUGAUACCGGAUGCGGCGCACCAAAACCUUAUGGCUCAAUUGGGCGGUUUGACCGAGAUAGCAGCUCAUGUACCUGAACAAAUUAAAAGUGAAAUGUAUGUGCCACCACACAAUGGAUUCGUGGAAAAAACUAUGUCGCAUGAGCGAGAUAUUAUGCGUGAUGUUAACCCUAGUAUACCUGAUAUAGCUCCUGUAGCGCCCGUAGCUUCUAUAUUUGACCCCGUUCCUUCGGUACCGCAUAGCGUGAUCGCUCAAUCUCAUCACAAUAUGUCCGCAGCUCCUUGUCUUAUAACGCCUACUGUGAAAAAAGAGGAUAUGAAACCUCUCCUAACGCCAAAACCGAUAGAAGAUCUCAUUGGUGUAUCUAAUAUGGUCUCUAAUAAAAUGUAUGAUAGAGCAAAAUAUGAAAUGGAUAAAAAGUUGGAAGACGUCAAAAACUCAAAUUUCGUUCAGGCAUUUAAAAUAAAACAAGAACAAAAUCUUAAAAAUGCUAGUUCCUGGUCUUCUUUGGCACAAGCUGGUAGUCCACAGAGUAUACCAAACAUGGGCUCUAACAAUCAAAUGAAACAGAAGCCUGUUAUGGACAGCUUUCAGGCAUUUAAAAAGCAAGCAAAAGAAAAGAUGGAUAGGCAAAGAGCGUUAAUAGAGCAACAAGAAUUACGAAAAAAGGAGCAAGCUGUAAGGGAAAGACAACGGCAAGAAACAGAGCGACAACAUCCGGAUGACGAUAAAAUGAGGCCGAUACAAGGUGUCCGGAAACCGGAAAGUGCAGAGGUUGCGUCACCGAGUGUUUCACCGGUGGCGCGCGCGUCACCGCCCGCCGCGGUGGCCGCCGCCGCAGCCGCCGCGCCAGACAAACCGGCAGCCAGCGAACGUGAACGCCUCCGACAGCGAGAGCAGGAACGCCGUCGCCGCGAGGCUAUGGCUGGGCAAAUAGAUAUGAAUUUGCAAAGUGAUUUAAUGGCUGCAUUCGAAGAAUCAUUGUAA